AUGUGCGAUUCGGACGACGAACUCGCAGUUGGAAUCCCCCGGAGGAAGUUCGACCUCCGCCUUGGGGAGCAUCCGGUGCUCGCGAGUGGUAGGGUUCCAGAAUGCGAUUUCCUCGUCCGAAUUGCGGAGCGCGAGCAGUCCGUUGCAGCAGUAGAGGAUCUCGGUUCCGAACAUGUGAGCUUCGAGCGGGUGGUCCAGCUUCGCUGCGGCGGCGUGGAGGCGUUCGAGGUCCACGGAGGAGAGAAAACAGCUGUCGAUUCUCGACGACUUGCGGUAGCAGAAGCUAGGACUUACCUAGGGCGCUAUUGCAGCCAUGGAAGACGAUGA